AUGCAUAAACCGCUUCUACUUUUAACGUGGUUGAUAUCUUUAGCAAGCGCUUUCAAUAUAAAGUUGCCACAUACUGAAAAAAAAGAUCGUUUGGGAUCCAACGCUGUGCUGGCAUGCGCAUCAUAUAUAAAUACCCUGAAAUGGUCAUUUGAUAAUUCCCUUGUGCCAGGCUUCUACUCUACCAUAUGUUCUUAUUCGCCAGCAUUUGAUACUUGGUCACUUUGUAUCUUCAAUUCACUCACAGACCAGGUAUUUCCCACGGACAAUUCAAGUUUCGAAGAAAGCUUGGGAAAUGUACGAAAUACGUGCUCGUUCGUCGAUAAAAAGUUUAGCAACAUUUCGCUGGAGCAAUACUACUUAUCCCUAAACAACGCUUCUUCUCAUGCCUUAAAAAACUAUAGUUCUGUUGAAAGCUUAUCGACAUCCGUUCGGGUCGACCGCGAGACAAGAUCUAAAUGGGUACGAGCUUUUCAUGCGCAUGCCUAUAAUUUAGAUAUUAGCAGUGUUUAUGGUGCAUAUUUAAGUUACUACUUCGUUAUAGUGGGUUUGAUCGCCGUAUUCUUCCACAUGAGUCACUAUAACGGGCUGAAUCGAGCGCUAUUUGGGUGCCGGAUCGUCAAUUAUAUUCGAGGUCGUUUUGUGCUGCCUACAUUUUUAGUAGAUAAACACGCGAAUCACUUCAACUUUCUAAACUUGGAAGUCUUUACGGGAUUGAUGCCGAGUUCCUUGGAAGCAUGGAUCAUUAUUGGCUAUUCAUUGGCUAACAUCAUAUUUUUGUCCGUAAGUUACAUCAUAGACCCAUAUAAUCUUAUUUUCAACAGCCACCUGUCGCAGUUUACGAGACUGUUGGCUGAUAGAUCUGGGAUAUUGGCCUUUACACAGUUCCCUCUCAUUAUCAUUUUUACAGCAAGGAAUAGUUUUUUGGAAUUUUUAACAGGGCUCAAAUUCAAUUCAUUUAUUAGUUUCCAUAAAUGGAUCGGUAGAAUCAUGGUUUUAAACGCAACGAUACAUUCGCUUUCUUAUUCAUUAUUUGCAAUCGUUAACCACGCCUUUAUACUCAGCAACAAACAGCUCUAUUGGAAGUUUGGUAUAGCAGGUAUAACGGUGCUUUUCGUCCUAUUGGUUCUAUCGCUAGGAGUAGUAAGAAAAAGACACUACGAAUUUUUUCUAUACACCCAUAUUAUAUUGGCCAUUUUAUUCUUUUAUUGUUGUUGGAAACACGUCAAGAUUUUCAAUGGCUGGAAAGAAUGGAUCGUGCUGUCCUUGUUCAUUUGGGGGUUGGAAAAGCUUUUCAGAAUAUGGAACAUUUUGCGGUUUAGAUUUCCGAAAGCAACACUAAUCAAUUUGAACACCAGCAACAACCCGCACGAUGAAAUGUUUAAAGUAAUCAUACCCAAACAUAACCGGAGAUGGCAUUCAAAACCGGGACAAUAUUGUUUCAUUUAUUUUUUACAUCCUUUGAUAUUUUGGCAAUGCCAUCCAUUUACCAUUAUCGACGAAGGGGAUAAGUGUGUUUUAGUGAUCAAACCGAAAAACGGUCUCACUAGAUUCAUUUAUAACAAGAUUUUGCAAUCUUUAAAUGGUAAAUUACAGCUCCGAGUAGCCAUUGAGGGACCUUAUGGACCCAGCAACCAUAAACUCGGUGACUUCGACCAUUUGUUAUUAUUAAGUGGAGGAACAGGCUUGCCUGGUCCAUUAGACCAUGCCAUUAAACUAUCACGAAAACCUGAUAAACCCACAAGUAUAGAUCUGAUAAUAACGAUCAAAAACCUUUCUUUUCUUAAUGGCUAUAAAUCCGAAGUUCUAGAAUUGAAAAACAGUCGAUCUAAUGUCAACGUGCAAAUUUAUCUCACACAGCAAGCUGCUGUUGCAAAGGGAGCAAAUGCACGAGACCAACUAAUAAAUUAUAAUGAUAUAAUGGCCGAAUUAACAAACUUCGCUCACAUCGGCAACGCAAGACCUAAUUUUAGCAAUGCAAUUGACAACACAAUGAAAAAUAUGCCGCCUAGAGACUCAUUAGCGAUCGUAUGCUGCGGACCUCCCGUCCUGGUCGACGAUGUCAGAAACAGCGUUUCUCAGAAACUUCUUGAUUACCCUGAAAGAAUUGUUGAGUAUUUCGAAGAAUACCAGUGUUGGUAA